AUGCAUCAAAUCUACAGCAGUGAUCACAGUUUAGUCUCUUCAAAAGGCAAAGCUGAAAUUAUCACAAUGGAUGAGGAACAACCAAGACAAUCCUGUUGCACAUGGUUCCACAGUCUGAAAGUUCAAAUCUGGAUUGCAUGGCUUGGAGUGUCCGCUGGAGUUAUGGCUGGAACCGUCUUCGCUAUCCAGUAUCAAAAUUGGAUUGCUGUAACCAUGUGUUUUGUGUCAAGUGGUUUCGCUACUCUGGUUCUUCAUCUUCAUAUGGCGUAUAAGAAAACUCAAAUGAGUGGAUGGUCAUCGACAAAGUUGAGAUGUAUCGCUGCAGUUGGUGCCACCGUAUCGUUCUUGUCGUUCAUCGCUAUGAUCUACUGCUUGGUGGUUGCUGGAAUUGAACAUCAAACUAUCGACAAAGCUGGACUCAUGGGAGCAAAUCUCUGGAUUGCUGCUGUUUGGUUCUUCAUGACAGCCAAGUGGAGUGCCCUUACUUGGAGAUUUGCAAGAAAGUACCGAGCCUACUGUGAUGAAACCCAACCACUUCUUGCUGCUCCACCACCGGAGUACUCCGUUACCAUCUGA